UAAUACAGUAAAUUGUCAUCAAUUUUGUUUAUUAGAAAAUUCCGAUAAUAAUAAUCGUAUGAUGACAAAAACUAGAUUAAUUGAUGAAAUUGAUGAAAAAUUUUUUCUAAAACUUAAAUUUUUAGCUGGUGGUUUAUUGAAAACAAUGAAAAUUUUUGAUCAAAAUGAUUAUUGUUUAUUUGCAACCGAUUCUAAUGGUUUAAUGAAAAAACGAACAACAAAAAACAUUAGCAAUAACAUUAGUAAUAAUUCAAAUAAUUCAAAUAAUCGUACCAUUAAUUUUGAUAAUCACACCACAACGAAUCAAACAACAGCAUUUGGUUAUAAUCUUAAACGUUUAAAUAUUUCCUAUUUAACAAUAGAAAUUAUAACAAAAUCAUCAUCAAAUUUGGAUGAAUUUCAAACAGCACAAAUUGUUAUAAAUUUUCUUCGGUUAUUGAUUGGUCAUCCAAAAUUUUUUACAAAUAUUUAUAAUCAAUUUGAUUUGAUUAUUGAUUUU